GGCUGGACUAACUUACCGGAGCGUCGCUCCACUCCACUCCACUCCAUUCCACUCCACCGGAGUUAGUCAUCGCCCACCUGAUCCUGAUCCCGUCUCCUCUCUUCCCUCUCCUCUUCACCCCCUCCUUCUCCACCUCCUCCUGAUCUGUCUCUCUCUUUCUCUCUCGCCGUUGAUCUGAUGGCCGACCCUGGGACCAGAGCUACGCGUCCACUUCCUGCCUGCGCCGAAGACGCCGAGACCCAGGGCAGGAGCCCAAGAGCCGGGCUCCUCUGAGCUCAGUGAGGGGACACCAGACAGGGGGGAGGUGGGGGCCACCGCCGCGUUGGUGGCGGUGUUCUUCUAAACAGAAGAGGACGGAGGUGGGCGGCCGCGACGGCCGUCUCCUCUCCCUCUGGCCCGGAGCACCGGCACGCUGAGGCGGUCACUGAGCCUGAACAUGCGGCGCUUCCUGAGGAGCCAGAAGGGCCGGUUCUCCCUCCGCCAGAGCCGGUCCGGCUCCUCCAGGGGCUACCGCAGCGCCUCCAAAGACUUCUCUUUGAGCAUGAUGCCGCCAUCUAACCAGGGCUGGCCGGAGGACUUUGGCUUCCGCCUUGGCGGUGACGGGCCGAGCUACAUCCUGUCCGUGGUGGAGGGCAGCAGUGCCCACAUGGCCGGCCUGCAGCCAGGGGACCAGGUGCUGGAGGUGGACGGCCAGAACGUGUCCACACUCAGCCCCCAGGCCCUCGUCACCCUGGCCAAGACCAUCAAGACCGUGCCCCCCAGCAUAGGGGUGGUGUCCCGCAUAGAACAGAUUGACAUCAUCCCGGGGCCCGACGGCCGCUUCGGCUUCACCAUCGUGGGCGACAGCCCUCUUCUGGUGGAGGACUGCAUGCCCAGCUCCCCGGCGGGCCGCAGUGGCCUGCGGGCGGGCGACUACGUGAUGGAGGUGAACGGGCUGCCGGUCAAGCAGCACGAGAUGGCGGCGGCCAUGAUCAAGGCCUCGCAGGGGCGCACGCUGCGCCUGGGAGUGCUCAGCAUCAACCGCUGGCAGCGCCGCUCCGCUAGCGCCAGCAUGAAGGAGGCGGCGGCCAACGCGGCAGCCAACGCAGCAGCGGGCAUGACCACCCCGGUCAACAUCGGCACCCCUGGCAGCGCUGUGGCCGGCGGCGGGCCUGUCAGUCCGCCACACAUGAGCGGGGACAGUGUGCGCCAGGACCGCAAGCACAAAGCCCAGGAGUUCAAUAAAAAGGUGGAGGAGAUCCUGGGGGAAGAGCCGGAGGUGAAGGAGCGUCUGUUUGACGUGCUGAAGCAGUACGCCACCGAGAGGGACGUGGAGAACCUGGCCUGCAUCCUCCCCGAGAUCCUCAUCACCGAGGAGCAUCAGCAGCUCAUCGAGAGCGUCAGGAUCUUUAUCCCCAAGAAGCACCGGCAGCGCUUCGACGAGGUGGUCUCCCAGAGCCUGAUCAGCCGGCUGCGCGGCCGCAGCUUCAGCGAGCAUCGGCACAACCGCCUGCGCCGCAGCCGCAGCGAGGACCACCCCGAGCGCCUGCUGGUUUCCACGCGCGCCAGCUCCGUGCCGCGCACCGCUCACGAGGAGGGCCUGCCCCCGGCCUCGCGCGGCCUCCGCAAGACCACCUCGCUCAUCGCCGGACAUGCCAGCGCUGCUGCCAACGCCAACCGCAGGACUGUGCGAGUGUACAAAGGCAACCAGAGCUUCGGCUUCACCUUACGAGGCCACGCUCCGGUCUGGAUCGACUCUGUCAUCCCAGGUCAGGAUGAGGAAGGGGGUAGCCCGGCCGAGCAGGCAGGCCUGAAGCCUGGAGACCGCAUCUUGUUCCUUAAUGGACUGGACAUGAGGAGCUGCUCCCAUGAGAAGGUGGUGUCCAUGCUGCAGGGCAGUGGCGCCAUGCCCACGCUGGUGGUGGAGGACGGGCCGCCCAUGUUCGUGCUGCCCGACCCCGAUCUCCAGCCGCCGGGCGGGGCCUCCCCACAGGGCCGCUCGCGUUCCCGCUCGCCCGUGCUCACCUCCCUGCAGUGGGUGGCCGAGAUCCUGCCGCCCAGCAUCCGCGUGCAGGGCCGCACCUUCAGCCAGCAGCUGGAGCACCUGCUCACCCCACAGGAGCGCUACACCAUCUGCAAGGCCCUGGAGGCCUUCUUCCAGCACAGGAAUGUGGACACUUUGAUUGUGGACGUGUUCCCUGUGUUGGACACACCGGCCAAGCAGGUGAUCUGGCAGUUCAUCUACCAGCUGUUGACAUACGAGGAGCAGGAGCACUGCCAGACCAAGAUCUCUCGCUUCCUGGGCUACAGAGUCACAAUGCCCCCUGUUGAGCCUGAGCCGGCCCCUGAGCCCCACCGGCGCAGCAGCUCCAUGAAGGUGACGGGCACCACCUACAGGAGUAGUGUGAGAGGACGCAGCUCAGACGACCUGGUCAUCGGCACACAUCUGGGCAUGGGCAUCCGCACGGAGCCUGUGGAAGUAGGCAUGAGGCUGGCUCCCGGUGAGAGGCAGUCCGGAGAUGGCACCUCCCUCCCAGAGACGCCCAACAACCUGACCAACCUGUCCGCUGUGUAUGCGGAGCUGGAGAAUGCGUACGCAGGGAAGCGGUCAAAGUCCCUCAAGAGCCGCCCUCCGCCUGCCCCUGACUCUCUGGUUGGCAUAGACCCCUUCACACAUGCCCCUUCUCCAUCCAUGCGGACAACUUCAGGCAGCAGAAAGCACCAGCCCCCCCAACAGCAGCCCCAGCAAUGGUCCGAGCCUCUCCCUGAGCCCCAGUACUACCCCCCUGUGCUGCCCACGCAGACCAGCGCCGAGUCCAACCCCUACAUCAGCCUGGACAGCCCCCCGCCCUCGCCCCCCGACUUCGCCCCGAGCCCUCCGCAGCGCCUCCGCAAGCGCUACACCUUCUCCCGACCCCCACGCACCGUGGACACCGAACGCUUCCUGGAGGCCCUCAGCCAGCAGAUGGGUCAGUCCACCGUCGGCCCGGACGACUUCCUCUCCCCCGAGAACGACUACGAGGAAGAUGUUGUCCAGAUGGGCUUCCAGGACCUGGAGGAUGAGGAGAUGGAGGAGGAGGAGGAGGACAUGGAGGAGGAAGAGGAGGAGCUAGAGGAGGAGGAGGAGGAGGAGGAGGAAGAGGAUGAGGGCGAGGAGGGCGAGGAGGGAGGCGUCUUCCUGCCCCCGGAGUUGAGCAGUGCCAGCGAGCUGCACAGCGGCCCCAGCAGUGAGGACGCCAGCUCGCUCACCUACUCCUCCGGCUCCGAGCCCAUCCCUCCACCCCCCCUCACCCCCCCUCCCCCGCCGCCCGUCCAGUUCAACGACCAGUCCGGGCACCCCGGAGGUGGGGGUGGUGGCGGUGGUGGGGUGGCUUACACCCCUGAGCACGGCGGCCGCGUGCUGACCUUCCGCCGGCACCCUGGGCCCCCUCCGCCUCCCCCUCCCCGGUCCAACCCGCCGGCGUCGGGCCCCAAGCGGCACUCGCUGCACAAGGUGCUGCCCACCCGGGAGGACCUGCUGAUGGACCACCCACAGCAGCAGCAGCAGCAGCAGCACCCGCAGCUGCAGCACUACCAGGAGCCCAUGGACCAGCACCAGGAGCACCACUCCCUCCCAGUGCAGCCCACCGCGCAGGCCGUCCACCAGGGCCAGCAGCAGCACCACCACCACCAGUCCCUGCCGCCGCUGCCCUCGCCUGAGGCCGGCGUCCACCCUGGCCAUGCUGUGCUCUACCAGAUGCACCAGGCCCAGCAGGCCCAACAGGUACACCAAGCCAAACAGGCACACCAAGCCCAACAGGCCCAACAGGCUCAGGCCGCUCACCAUCACACUCAGCAGGCCCACCAGACCUACCAAACUCACCAGAGCCACCAGGCGCAGCACCCCCAUCACCACUCCCCCAGCCCUGUGCAGCAGCUCCACCAUAUGCACCACCACCACCACCCACACCACUCCCACCACCACCACUCACAACAGCAGAUGCAACAGCAGCAGCAGAUCCAGCAGCAGAUCCAGCAGCAGAUGCAACAGCAGCAGCAGCAGCAGCAGCAGCAGUCUCCCCACCAGAUGCAGCAGAUCCAGAUCCACCAGACCUACCCGCCGGCCCAGCCGGCUCACCUGCUCCAGCAGGUGCACCAGACGCAUCCCAUCCACCACUCCUACUCGCACCCCAUCCACCCCGGCCAGCAGUACCAGCCGGCAGUGCUCACCACCUUCCAGCCUCUGCCUCCCCAGCAGCAGCCCCCGCCGCAGCCCCAGCAACCCCCACAGCCUCCACCCCUGCCCCAGCAACAGCAUCAGCAGCAUCAUCAGCAUCAACAGCAUCAUCAGCAGCACGGCCAAGCCCAUCAGAGCCAUCAGCCGCACCCGUCCAGCCAGCAGGCCCGCCAGAGCCCCCAGCCCCAGGCCAUGGCCCAGGCCCAGGCCCAUCACCACGCCCAGGGUCAUCACUCGGAGCUGGAGCCCCCGCCGCCUCCGCCCCCUCCCCCGCCCUGCGAGCCUCCGCCGCUGCCCCGCCAGCCCACUCUGGACUCCAGCCACAUGAGCGUGAAGCGUCUGCGCUGGGAACAGGUGGAGAACUCCGAGGGCACCAUCUGGGGACAGAUGGGGGAAGAUUCUGAUUUCGAUAAGCUGAGUGACAUGGUGAAGUAUCUUGACCUUGAAUUGCACUUUGGAACUCAGAAGGCUCCAGUGGCUGUUCCAGAGCCUGUACCUCAGCCCGAGACCUUCAAGAAGAAGGAUGUCGUGGAGAUCCUCUCCCACAAGAAGGCCUACAACGCCUCCAUCUUGAUUGCUCACCUAAAGCUGUCCCCGGCGGAGUUACGUCAGGUGCUGAUGACCAUGGCCACCGAGCGUCUGGAAUCCGCGCACAUCAAGCAGCUUCUGCUCUACGCCCCGGACGAGGAGGAGGUCAGGAAGUAUGAGCUGUACAGGCAGGACCCCAACAAGCUCAGCGAGCCCGACCAGUUUGUGCUGCAGAUGCUGUCUGUUCCUGAGUACAAGACCCGUUUGCGGAGCCUGUUUUUUAAGACCACCCUGCAGGAGAAGACGGAGGAGAUGCGCGGGGCCUACGAGUGUGUCUACACAGCCUCCAUGGAGCUCAAGACCAGCAAGAAGCUGGCCAAGAUCCUGGAGUUUGUAUUGGCUAUUGGUUUUAAAUGUCUUUCACUCAGCACAACCAAAACUGUGGAUGGGAAGUCCACCUUUCUGCACAUUCUUGUCAAGUCACUUUAUCAACACUUUCCAGAGGUGCUGGACUUUGCCAAGGAACUGACAACAGUGCCUCUGGCAGCCAAAGUGAAUCAGAGGAACAUCACCUCUGACCUCAACGACCUGCACGGCACCAUCCAGGAGAUCCGCACGGCCUGUCAGAAGAUGCCAGCCACGUCCGAGGACCGCUUCGCUGUGGUCAUGAGUGGCUUUCUGGAGAACUCACACCCAGCGGUGCAGUCUCUGGAGUCCCUGCAGCAGAGGGCCAUGGAGGAGUUCUUCCGCGUCGCCUCCUUUUUCGGCGAGAACAGCGCGGCCACCACCGUCGAUGCUUUCUUUGGCAUCUUCGCCGAGUUCAUGUCCAAAUUUGAGAGGGUUUUGAGUGAGAACCAGGCAACAGAGAAUCCUCCACGGAGUCCCCGAAGCCCACGCGUAGCCUCACCUCUUGCGUGUAACCAUGAAGAGACGUGUAAAGCAGAUAAGAUGACCUUUGCCAAUUCUGCAACACUGGCGUAG